CCCACCCUUCUCCCACCGACCCGAGCCGCGGCCAGCCAUGGAGCUCGCCAACGCCGUCAGGGACGAGGCCGCCUUCGCCAUGCGCGUGCUCCGCCACCUAGCCCGCAGCGUCGUCGGCGAGGGUUCGGGCGCCAACCUCGCCGUCUCCCCGCUGUCCCUCCACGCGGCGCUGGCGCUCCUCGGCGCGGGCGCCCGGGGUGCCACGCUCGACCAGAUCGUCGCCUUCCUUGGCCCAGCCGGCGGCAUCGCCCACGCGACUCUCGCCUCGCACGUGUCGCUGAGCGUCCUCUCCGAGAGCCCCGGCGACGACGGCGCGCCGAUCGUGCGGUUCGCCAACGGCCUGUGGGUCGACGGCGCGACCCCCCUCAAGCUCCACUACGCCCGCGUCGUCGCCGAGCACUACCGCGCCCAAGCGCGCCCGGCCUCCUUCACGACCACGCCAGAGGAAGCGAGACACCAGAUCAACGAGUGGUUCGAGAGCGUGACGGCAGGCCGGAUCAAGAGCCUCCUACCCCCGGGCUCCGUCAACAGCGGGACGCUGGCCGUCCUCGGGAACGCCCUCUACUUCAAGGGGGCAUGGUGCAGCAAGUUUGACCCCCGGUUCACGCGGGACGACGCCUUCUACCUGCACACCGGCGCCCAUGUCUGCACGCCGUUCAUGUCGAGCAGCAAGGAGCAGCAGUACAUCGCCUGCCGUCCAGGAUACAAGGUCCUGAAGCUUCCGUACGCGCGCGGCCGCGGACAACGGCCGUUCGCGUUCUCCAUGUACAUCUACCUCCCGGACGAGCGCCACGGCCUCGAGAGCCUGCUGCACAAGCUGGGAUCCCAUCCUGAGCUGCUGGAGAACUCCAUGUCUCUGAUGGCAAAGGUCCCCGUGGGCGCUCUCAAGGUGCCGAAGUUCACCGUAUCCUGCAAGACAAAUGCGACGGAGCUGCUGAAAGACCUCGGGCUGCGCCUGCCGUUCGACCCCGUGGCGGCCGACUUCUCCGAGAUGCUGGUGUCGGCGCCGCUGUUCGUGUCGGCCGUCUACCACCAGUCCUUCGUAGAAGUGAACGAGGAAGGCACCGAGGCGGCCGCGGCGACCGCCAUCGUUGGGGCCUACGGUGCCGCGGCAGUGAGCACGCCGGUUCAGGUUGUGGACUUCGUCGCCGACCAUCCUUUUAUGUUCUUGAUCAAGGAGGACCUCAGCGGCGUGGUGGUCUUCGCUGGCCAAGUGAUCAAUCCUUUGCUUUCGUAAUUUUGGAUGUGCAAACACAACCAGAUUCAUCUCUUUGUAGACGUGGUCAAGUGAACUCUUCAUUUGCGAUCGAUGGUUCCAGGACCUGGAUGUUAUUUUUGUGGUGGGCGCCCUAGUUCUGAUGGAUGUGUUGUUGCUGUGCUA